GAUGCCUGACGUUUGAACAGCCGGUUUAUGCCAUCUUUUGUCGCGUUUGAAAAAUGCGUAAAAAUAUUAAAAUAUCACAUCAGCUGUUUAUCCAGAGAAUCUUGUUCGUCCUUUCCCUCUGUGGAUUAAUCUGCAAAUCACACACUCACACCCUUCGGGCGAAAGGGAAUUUUUUCCCAUUAUUUAUUUCCAUCGAUUGACAUUUCAUGCAGGAGAAAGUGGAUGAAUGGGAAGGAGCGGCUGAUAACGGAAUUGACGAGGAAGAAGGCGAUUUUCUAGUGAAAAUAUUGAAAAGUCUCGGAGCUGACUUGGUAGAUUCAGUGGAAUAUGGCGACGACGAACUGACUCAAAUUCUCCUAAGUGAAAUCAAAGAUGUAUGGCAACUUAUGGCCAAUAACCCGAAGUGGUUGGUGAAUUCCGGCGAGACACCUGAAUCUCUGAGAACGUACAUGGCCAAAUUACUUUUCUUUGCCAAUGAUCGAAAUUGCCAGUCACCAGAUGAAACUCUUUUCAAUGGCCAAUGCCUUCCCAUCAGUACCAGAAAAAGGAGCAAACAUUGUCCGGAGCACAUGGGACUCUAUGACGAUGAAAAUAACGAAGGAAUUUGUGACUGUCUCGAACUGACAGGAGAAAAAGCGAAAUCAGAAAUACGGCCAAUAUAUUCGGAUGAGACUGGCGUCUGUCAUCAGCAAAAUACUCAGGGCCCCUGUGAAAAUGGAGAAUGGUUCGUACUGAAGAACACUUCGCGGUGCGAACCGGUUCCGGACGGAUGCCCAACUGACGGUCGGCACGUCUACUGGAAUCCCGACCCUUCCACGGCCAAACAAUGCUGGGAGAUAUGGACUCAAGGACCAUGCGAUGACGGGCAACUAUUACAUUUGCAUCAAGACACGGAAGAGUUGCAAGUUUACUGCAGCUUUCGAUUAGCCGAGUUCUCGUUUUCACAUUCCCUGACCCUAGGAUCGUAUCUUGUUCGGUGCCUGAUAGGUUCUUUACGCGGAAAAUUGGGCGCAUGCACACCCGCUUUCUUUGGUUAAACAAAAUGAACUAAUGCGUUAGCGGCUUAACUGAUGGAAUAGGCUCCUAUGUAAAAUUCUUUUGAUGAAAAUUUGUUUUAAAAAUAAAAAUACUCGUCCUGCUACUAACUUGGCUGGCCGAGGGACGUA